UCGAGUACUUUACAAAGGGUAUAUUUCCGAACUAUUUGUACCAUAUCAAGAUCCAACUGAAGAAUUUUACUUUAAAACCUUCUUUGAUUCUGGAGAGUACGGGUUUGGUCAAUCAACUGUGUCUUUGAUCCCUAACCGUGAUUGUCCACCACAUGCUCAGUUCAUUGAUACACACAUUCACUCAGCUGAUGGUACCCCAGUUUUGUUGAAGAAUGCAAUUUGUGUUUUCGAACAAUAUGGAAAUAUCAUGUGGCGUCACACAGAGACUGGUAUUCCUAAAGAAUACAUCGAAGAAUCUAGAACAGAAGUCAACUUAAUAGUAAGAACCAUUGCGACUGUGGGCAAUUAUGACAAUGUUAUAGAUUGGGAGUUCAAAGCAAGUGGCUCAAUCAAGCCAGCGAUAGGUUUGUCAGGUAUACUUGAAAUUAAGGGAACAGAUAUUAAGCACAAAGAUGAGAUUAAAGAUAUACAUGGUAAACUGGUGUCAGCAAACAGCAUUGGAAUUUACCAUGACCAUUUCUAUAUUUACUAUCUUGAUUUUGAUAUCGACGGUGUAAACAACUCGUUUGAGAAGACGAGUUUAAAGACGGUAAGAAUCACAGAUGGAAGUUCGAAGAGAAAGAGUUAUUGGACAACUGAGACUCAAACUGCGAAGACUGAAUCAGAUGCAAAAAUCACAAUUGGACUUGCACCAACUGAGCUUGCAAUUGUGAACCCUAACAUAAAAACUGCAGUUGGAAACGAAGUGGGUUACCGUUUGGUUCCAGCAAUUCCAGCUCAUCCGCUUUUAACAGAAGAUGAUUAUCCACAGAUACGCGGUGCGUUUACAAAUUUUAAUGUUUGGGUUACUCCAUAUAACAAAACUGAGAAAUGGGCUGGUGGACUUUAUGUUGAUCAUAGUCGUGGUGAUGAUACCUUGGAUGUUUGGACCAAAAAGAAUAGAGAUAUUGAGAAUAAGGACAUUGUGAUGUGGCAUGUAGUUGGAAUUCAUCAUGUUCCAUCACAGGAAGAUUUUCCAAUAAUGCCAUUAUUGAGCACUUCAUUUGAGCUGAGACCAACUAAUUUCUUUGAGAGGAAUCCAGUUCUUAAAACACUUUCUCCAAGAGAUGUUGCAUGGCCUGGUUGCCCCAAGUGAAACUAACUAGUGUGUAUGUGCGCAAUUGAUUUACAUUGGUGGUUGAACCAUGAAUAAAUGUUGUUUGUUUGUAUGUUUCAUG